GCGCUGGGUUUACGCAUCGGGGCUGCUGAAAUUUCCUGUGAGUUUUGCAACUCCCUCUCGGCUCUGCUUCGGGACUGCCCAGCUCCGGGCGACAGCCGCGGGAGAGAGACCCACCCAGAGGGGAGCGGCGAGCGGAAAGGGAUUUAUUAUUACUAUUAUUUCACCUCGCGCGGCAUGGACCAGGAGGCAAGGAAGCGGCGAGUCCCGCCGCCGCUGCUCCUGCUGACGCUUGCCUUGGCUCUCCCUCGAGCACAGUCAACAACCUUUAAAAUCACCACUCCUUACGCGCUGUAUAUCUGCCCUGAGGGUCAGAAGGUCACCUUGACUUGCAAGCUCAGUGGGUCUCUUGCAUCCCAGCAUGACUCCAUUUACAAAUUUUGGUACUUCAGCAACCAGGGAGACCAGAGCUGCUCCCAGAAAAAACACGUCCGCAAUGUCUCAGCAAAGGAGCUGCAUCGUGAAUCAGAGAAGCACAAUGGGCAGCGUGUGAGCCACCAUGGUUUGGAAUUCUCCUCGGAUCACCAUGGGACGUUUUAUGUCACCAUGGCAAACCUUACUCUCAAGGACAGUGGGAACUACUGUUGCUACGUGGUAGAGGCUGAAAAGGAGCACAACAAAGCACAUGCCAAGCAGCAGGCUCAUGGUUUCAUGGAACUUCGGAUACAAAAAGCAAAUGCUACUUUCCCAAACUGCACGCUUCAUUCUGCUGCCAGCAUGGAGAGUGAAAAUGUCACAGCAGCUGCACUUGCAACAGGGGCCUGCAUUGUGGGCAUUCUGUGCCUUCCCCUAAUUCUGCUCCUCAUUUACAAGCAGAGAAAAGCAAUCGCUAACAGGCGUGCUCACGAACUUGUCAGAAUGGAGAGCAACAACCAUGGCAUUGAGAAUCCUGUCUUUGAUGACGUUCCUACCAUUAAUCCGGAGUCCAAAGCCAGGCCACAAUUAAGCUACAUGGCUAGCCGCCAGCUAUCAGAGUCAGGUCGACAUCUUCUCUCGGAACCGAAUACUCCACUCUCCCCUCCAGUCCCGGGGGACUGUUUCUUCCCAACACUGGAGCCUGUUCCUGACUCACCAAACACGACAAAUGCAUAAUAAAGUUUUCCAGGAA